UUGGCCGCGAUCCAACCCACCCAGCCUCCCUCCCGCUCGGUCGCUAUCCGAGGGCCCUCGGACGUAGGGCGGGAUGGCAGACCCCUCCGAGGCCCCGGUCACGCGGCAGGUCAGCGGUCACGCCGCCCCAGCCCCAGUCCCAAGCGGCCCCGCGAGCUGGCAGCCCCUGGCCGCCGCCGUGGCCGAGCUGCCUGUGCUGGACGCCUCCGGGAGGCCUGUGCCGUUUGGUGAGCUGUUCCGAGAGCGCCGGGCUAUCGUGGUCUUCGUGCGGCAUUUCCUGUGUUACAUCUGCAAGGAAUACGUAGAAGAUCUGGCCAAAAUCCCCAAGAGUUUCUUACAAGAAGCAAAUGUCACUCUCAUAGUGAUUGGACAGUCAUCCUACCAUCAUAUUGAGCCUUUCUGUAAACUAACUGGGUAUUCUCAUGAAAUCUAUGUUGAUCCUGAGAGAGAAAUUUAUAAAAGAUUGGGAAUGAAAAGAGGUGAAGAAAUUGCCUCCUCAGGACAGAGCCCCCAUGUAAAAUCAAAUAUACUCUCAGGAAGCAUUCGGAGCCUGUGGAGAGCAGUAACUGGCCCUCUUUUUGAUUUUCAAGGAGACCCAGCUCAGCAAGGUGGAACACUCAUUUUAGGUCCAGGUAACAACAUCCAUUUUAUACACCAUGAUAGGAAUAGGUUGGAUCAUAAACCCAUCAACUCUGUUUUACAGCUUGUAGGAGUUCAGCAUGUGGACUUUACAAGCAGACCUUCAGUUAUCCAUGUGUGACAUUACAGAUUCUCUCAAUUUCAAAUGGACCUUGAGACAUGACCUGAAACAUGGGGAUGUCAUAUCCUCAUGCAGUGCCUAUGUUGUUGACCCUCCCCAGCUUUUGAGGAGUUAUAGAACCAUAAAGAGGCUUUGUACCACUGUUUGAACAUCAUGCUGAGAGACGUCAGUUGUCCAAAAUGUGAUAUCUGUAAUUUUAUAGCUUUUAAGGUUUUAUUUUAUAUAGCAAUUUUUGUAAAAAAAAAACAAAAAAAAACACCUAAAUUUUACUUACACAAAGUAAAACUUUAAAAGCUAUAAAAUUAUAAAUACCAGUCUUUAUUUUACCGUAUGCUAUAUCUAUUCAAUGAAGAUAUUUUUGACCAUUAAAAUCAUACAUUUUUAUAAAGAACAUAUAAGGAGAAAGGGAAGCAACCAAGAACAUUUGAUCCAUUGAGAAAAGCAGGAACUCAACCUCUGUAAAUAGCAUAAUCAUAUUUUUAUAGGUAUACAUUUAUAUUUUUGUUUGCUUAAAAAGAAAGACAGGAAGUAAACACACCAGAGUAUCACCAGUAGGUAUCAUUAGGUGGUAGGAUUACAGGGUUUUUUUUUUCCUGUACUUUUUUAUAUUUCCCAACUAUUCUGUUAUGAACAUGAUUCAUUUUUUGGCAAAGAAAAGAUCUUGAAAAAUUAUAUGAAGAAUAUGUUCCCACGUAGCAAGAUCCACAAAGGUGCAGUUAUACAGGCUGCAGGCCAUACGUUUCUAAUUCUUUACUCAAAGGAAACACAGCAGACCAAACCUACAUAUAGCCUACAUUCACAGACUUUGGCCACACACCUAGUAUCUAUUUCACUAGGAUUUUGUUUAGGGGGGCAGGGGUUACUAGUAAAAGGUGAAAAAUAUGUUUGCAAUGUUUGAUGUGUGUUUAAAAUAUAAUCAGUAUGCUUUUUGAAAGGAAAUUUUAAGAAUUGUUUAAACUGAAAAAAUAAGAAAUUUUAUAAUUUAAAUGUGCACUAUGAUUUGGUUGUAUAUUCUCAAACAGCUUCUAUUUCCCACCCCCAAGUUGCUUUUAUUUAAUGAACAAUUGUCAUCUUUCAUUUUUCUAGAGUCUUAAUAUCUUUAGUGGGAAGUGUCCUAGGAAUUCUGAAAAGUACAGCAAGAUUAAAAUAUUGGUAAUUAUUAGCAAGUAUAAUACUGCUUUGAACUUAAAAUACUUUUAUAACAAGCAUAUAAAGGUCAUACACAAAAUAUACUUUAAAGUGCCCAAAAAUCUGAAUCUAUUUUCAUGUGUAUAUAGACAGAAAUCAUGUUUUUAAUCAACGGAAAUGGGCUAGCUCAUAAAAAUUAAAAUUAAAGUGUUUUGUUCUAUUUUAUUAAGUAAGGAAACAUUGGUGGCCCACAUACCUUUACUGACUUUAGACUUAAAACUGCUGAAUCAUAGCUGACACAAAAUUUAUAUAUUUACAUUUAUAUUAUAAAAGUGUACAUAUAAAAAUGCCAUAUUUUUUAAAGAUACAUAAACGCUUCAGCGAGGAACAGUUACAUAAAUACAGUGCAAGAGUAAAUUGCCUACCCAGACAAACACAGUGUGAGAGAAGCUGAUGCUGAAUAACAGUUUUUUAAAAAGCAAGCAUGGCAGUUUAUACUUACUGCCCACCAUUAAGCAGACAUUAGAAAUGUUUGAAGUCUUGAAGAACUGGUCUGUAAGUCAACCUCUGGUGUCCUCACAACAGUGAUUUUUUUUUUUCCAAUGGGUCCUGUAUGUUCUGAUUUCUUCUAUUUAGAAAGUUGGAAAUCUUUAAUGAAUUUAUUCAAUGAAUGAUGUGGCAAAAAAAAAAAAGACUAUCAGUUUCGAGGGUUUUAGCAAAUUUAUGAUUGAAAACUAACCUUACAUUGAAAUUCUAAGACAUUGAAGACAUUGAAAUUGGCCCCUAAGAAGAAAACUAAACAAAAUAAAUAAUGAAA